GUAGGACCACCCAAAACUGCUUCAGCCUAUAAAUACUGCAAGAGUGAGACCUUCAGUUAGAUUAACGCUCACUGUACGACAGGAGGCAAACUGAAUCUUGGAACAAUGAUGAGAGUCCAACUCGCAACCUUUAUUGUCGUAACAGUCUUUAUGACUGCGAAUUCCUGGCCCUCAGAACAAGAAAGGGCCCUUGACUACCCAAAUUUUCUACAGGAAUGGGUGAGUGAAGACAAUGAAGAUUACCCGAACACCUUUGCUGACGAGCAGGUGGAUAAUAAUUACGGCGACGGUCUCCAAACUCAGUACAUCCUUCCUGUUGAAUCUCUGGAGGUCGGCCAGAGUAUCACAGUAGUCUUCAGGAACCCUGACUCUGGUCGAGUGGGGCUGACUCUGGUCACCGACAACGGCGACUUUGUCCUCCGUGCUGCUGUUCGGGUUAAGUACAGAGACUCUACGAAAGCCUUCUUACUUAACACACGAAAGAAUAACCGCUGGGGAUUGAUUGUAACACCCCAAAACUUCCCGUUUCCAACAGGUUCGGUGUCUACAACAAUUUCUAUGACGGUUACUGUUAAAGAUAGUAAGUUUGUCAUAACUGCAAACGAAAUCAAAAUAGCCGACUUCCCAUACCGUGGAUCUCUGACCUACAACAAAGUGGCCAAAAUCUUGUGGGGGUGCCAAUGAAGGCACAGCCACAAAGAAAUCAAAGUUGGAGAAGAUCUCAAUCUCGUUUCCAUAAGAGGACAAUGAUUCAGCAUGUCAAGACUGUAGGAAUUUAGGACUGCUUUUGACAUUGUAUAAUUAGUAUUACGUGCACGUGUUUGCUAUAUCAUAGAAUAUUUGUCGGACGGUA